GUCAUACUGAUCGCCAUGUUGCCAACCGCCAAUAAAACCCAAGAAGAAGAAGAAGAAGAAGAAGAACAAGAACAAGAAGAACAAGAAGAAGAAGAACAAGAACGGUCAGGUCCUGGACAGCAGGGCACAGUCACCAAGUCUGGCUGGUGGUCAUACUGCAACACGACUGUCCAGAUGCCAGUGAAGACACAGGCACAGCUCCGGGUCUGUUUGGAAAGGAAACAGGAAUCUGUCUGCCUUGGUUAUUGUGCCUGAGUGGACAAAAUAACGGAAACACCACCUGAUAAAGGACUUUUAUUUUGAGGUAACUGUUGAGAGUUACAGAGGCUGCACUAUUUGUCAGUCUCCAUCAUCUUUCAGCGCCCAAAGAGGUCUGACAAUCAGCAUUUUUCGUUCAAGUGCCCAAGCAGCAUGAGUGAACUAACAGAGUUUGAGAGAGGCCAGAUAGUCGGCGCCCGGCUCGCAGGCGCCUCAGUCACCCAAACUGCACAGAUGUUGAAUUUGUCCCGGGGAACCGUGUCCAAAAUCAGGACCGCAUAUGACAAACACGGGAAGACUGCAUCGGCAAAGAAGAACAGUGGCCGCAAGUCAAAGCUCACCGAAAAGGACAGGGAGACGCUUAUCGAGAUAGUCGAUAAACACCCCGAGACUACAGCCUCAAAAAUCGUUGGUCGGAAACCAGCAUCUGGCACAGAACCAGCAUCCGGCAUAGAAAAGAAAUCUGUGGAGGAGAAAACCAAGCCUGAAGUUCAGACCGGCACACAGGAGUGACAAGGUCUGAUGCCACAGGAGUAACUUUCACUUUAACACGAGGCCUUCAGUCCACGACGUCUGUAUUUUUUCCAAGCUUUGUCAUUGCUUGUGACUGAUGAACACUUCCAGUAACUUAAGCUCAGUUUAUACUGUAUAAACCUAAAGAGUCUGAUCUAUCCAGACUGUCAAAACAAAUGUAUGUUUAAUAAAGUCUUUUUGCAUAAACUUUCA